CGGCUUCGACUUCCAUGAAUUGUGGGUUAAUGUCAAUGCCAAGCUCGUUAAUCGAAACUGGUUUGUCAGCUGCCAGAUUCUAUAUAUAAGAGAUGCGUGUGUCGCAGUCGUGUUGACAGUCAGAACAGUUGUUGCCCGAGCAUAAUGUAUCUACCUCUAAUUUGCUGCUGCUGCUACCUUCUGGCCUUGAUGCCAGCGGAGGCAGCGCUGAAGUCUGCCUGGCAGCUGCCCACAACGGAGGAGAUGCAGGCGAGUCUGCAGAGCUGUCGCUUCGAAGCUGCUGGCAUGGAUGCCGAAACGCUGCGCUGCCUGGUGACGCAGCUGGGGCUCUGGACGGACGAGGAGGGCUACAAUGCGAAGCGCAUUGCCAAGAUAUUUGCAGCACAAAACCAAAUGCAGGAGCUGAUGUUGGUUAUCGAGUAUUGCAACAAUAAGGAGCGACGCGUGGAGGAGCCAGCUCAGUGGGCCUUUGAGGCCUACAAGUGUGCCACCUCGGGUCGAUUUGGCAGAUGGGUUCAGGAUUAUAUGGAACAGAUGAUUACAGAAUAAAGUAUAAAACGUAAAUUAAAUUUAUUGAACAAGUAAAUGAAUUGAACUUGUGCGCCAUGAUCAGGGUUCUGGCUGUGGGGUUCACUUUAGGCCUGAACGCUGUGCUUCACCAGCUGCAGAUUGGAGCGCAUGAAGCACAUGCCUCCACGAUAUGCCCAAGUGCAGGCAUCGCUGCCCUGAGAGUUGUUGUCCGCACAGGCGGCAAUCUUCUGAUGGGUUUCAUCC